GGAGUAUAUAAGAGCCUGAGGGACGCUGAGGACCAGAGACCAGACCAGACAUCACGAUUCAGUGAUUCAGAUAUUCACAGAGUGGAAAAUCGACACGAUGCUUCCUGCGACGUUUAAACUGUGUGCUGGCAUUUCCUACAGACACGCCAGGAACAUGACGGGUUUGAGGAAAAACGCCAUGAUGGCCAUCCACCACGAGCUGAGCAAACUGUCCGGCCCCGGACCGAGCAUGUGGGUCAGAAACAUCCGCCGCAGGAGCUCGCUGCUCUGCAGCAGGAUCGAGGAGGAGACUCUGAAUGAAUCGGAGCAGAGUUACGUGCGACAGGGUCAGGAGGCGCUCCAGAAGUCCAUCAGCAUCCUCAGUGAUUCAGAAGGCUGGCAAACCGAGAUCGAGACAUCGACUGGAGAUAAAGUGCUCAGCAAAGUUCUACCAGACAUCGGCAAGGUCUUCAGGCUGGAGGUGGUUCUGGACCAGCAGCCUGAUGAUCUGUAUGAGGAGCUGGUGGAGAACAUGGAGCACAUGGGCGAGUGGAAUCCCAACGUCAAACAAGUCAAGAUCCUCCAGAAGGUCAAUCAGGACACCAUGGUGACCCAUGAGGUUUCAGGGGACACUCCAGGGAACGUGGUGGGUCCGAGGGAUUUCGUUAGCGUGCGCUGUGCUAAACGCAGAGGAUCCACCUGCUUUCUCGCCGGGAUGUCGACCCAACAUCCCAGCAUGCCCGAGCAGAAGGGCUUCGUCCGGGCAGAGAACGGCCCGACGUGCAUCGUGAUGAGGCCGAGUGCAGACGAUCCCAACAAGACCAAGUUCACCUGGUUGCUCAGUUUAGACCUGAAGGGCUGGAUUCCCAAAACAGUGAUAAACCGAGUUCUUUCUCAGACUCAGGUGGAUUUUGCGAAUCAUCUCCGAGACAGAAUGGCUACGAACAGAGGCAUGGAGGCAGUGAUGGCCUGCUGACUUCAUAAACACACACACACACACACACACACACACACACACACACACACACACACACACAGAGCAAACUCUAAGUAGAGAUUAAACUCCGCCCACUCAUAACCUCACAGAUUCUGACAUCACAAGUCUAUUGUAAGAUGAUAUGAUGGAGUGUGUGUGUGUGUGUGUGUGUGUGUGUGUGUGUGUGUGUGUAUCACAGCCUGCAGAUCUGAGUUCGUAGCUAAUGCCUAACGCUCACACACACACCGCAACAAACUUCAACAGUUAAUAAAAACUCCUUCGCUGCUAAUGAACAGGAAGUCCAACAUUUAUUUAUUUAAAAAAUGUAUUCAUUCCUAAUGAAUGUUUUGUUGAACAGCUUGGAACCAAACGUAAACUAUCGAACACGACCUGAUUGCACUGAAGCGACGAGGCUAAUGUGCAGCUCACAAGAAAUUCAAGUCUAAUAAAUUUCUAGUAAAGAAAAACACUUCCUAGGUUCUUGUUAAAAAGGUUCCUGGGUUCCUAACAAAGAUCUGAUUGCAAAACUUCUGCAUUUUUGACUUUUCAAACAGGUUUUAUGGUUCCUGGAUUUUUUUUUUUAGUUUCUAAAUAAUGAAACUCUAUGGCUUCUAGCUGUCAAAGAACUUCCAGGGUUCCUGUUAUGAGGUUCCUGGUUUACUAAUCAAGACCUGAGAAGCUUCCCUUUGUUUUUCUUUAACAAGUGAUGGAAGUCUAUAGUUUCUAAAAAAAAUUGCGAGGGUUAUAUUUAAAAGGUUCCUGGGUUCCUCAGCCAGACCUCAUUACUAGAUCUCUGGAUAAUUGCCUUCUUUUCUAGAAUGUUAUUGGUUACUAAAAAGGUUCCUUUAAUUUUUUUUUUCUGUUUAUUCAUCAAACUCUUUAAUAUUCCAUAUGCAAAUGAAUAUAUUAAUAUUCCUGUUUAUGGUGUACACAUGCAGAUUCACUGUCAGGCUGUAUGAUGCAUUCACAAUUUCACGUUUUCACACUUGUAAUAUUGUUUAUUGAGUUGAUUUUUAUCCCAUGAAGUCGUUGAUUUAAAGUUUUCUUCAGGAUUCCUUCUGGUUCCAAGCUGUAAUUGUAUUUGAGAGAAAAUUUCCAUAUUUAUUUUUCCUGUAUGUGAUGAUGUAACCUUGUCAUCCUGAGUAAAGCUGUCUAUAUGAAAUAAAAGAAAUUGGCAAUAAA